GUGCGGGUGGAUACUCUGACCAGACCUCACGAGGUGGUCAUUCGGUGGACGCAUCCUGAGAGCUACAACAUCCCUGUGGUGCAUUACAAGGUGCGUAGCUCUCUGACCGAAGAUAUGCAGGAUCCUGUCGAGGUGACGAUUGGUGACCGCCCAGUGCAUGAACCUGGCCUUCAAUUGGGCGAAUUGAUGGAAUAUGAUGAGCGUGAAGGUCCACAGCUAUCUCCAACUUCUGGCCACAAGCGCUUCGCCCGUGGUGGGAAACUGGCAUUGACUCAGAUGAAGGUGAAGGGUUUGAGGCCAUCAACCACGUACUAUUUCCAGGUGCAAGCUUGCAAUCAAAUCGGCACUUCGGAAUGGAGUACUUCCAGCCUACCAAUGAAGAUGGGUUCAUGUGCACCCGCAAAGUGCCCGAAGCCACAGUUCCUCUCUGGCAAUGUGAGGGAUGGGAUGACCAUCUUCUGGCAGGUCCCCGACACCUACGGUGAGGGCGAUGUGACCCGCUACGAUGUGCGCCUGUCGCAGCAUGUGUGGAAUCCUGGAUGGUCGGCGGCAUGGAUCAGGUUGAAAGAACUGCACCUCUUAGCCUCUGGUAGAAGCAGGAAUAACUUCCGUGUGACCCAUGAGCCUCGCCUAGCCAUGAGGUCACACGCCGCCUCCAGCGAUAGCAGCACGUCAGGGGCUCCGGCUGCUCCGCCAUCCUUUGAGAUCAAGAUCUUGAGCAUCGAUGGUAGCUCUCAACGUGUGGAAGUGAAACCAGACAUGACAGGGCUGCAGCUGAAGGAAGUGAUCUCCCAGAAGCUGGGAAUCUCCAUGGAGCAGCGUCUCAUUUGCCGGGGCCGAGCCAUCAAGGACGACGACCUCCUUGGAGCACAUGUCACGGAGAACGGACAGACCGUGCACAUGGUCCAACGGCCUCCGGUCACGGUUCCCCCAGGGAGCACCCCACCGGUCACGCCGGGAGCCGCGGCUGCGCUGGGCGGCCGCGGGCCGAUGGGGCAGCCACCGGUGCCCGGCCCGGGGAUGAUGACCAGCCUGCCGCCCUUCCUAGAGGUGUUUCACAUUGCAGUGCCCGACUUCAUGGGAGGUCUAGGGCCCCUGGGCCCAGGGCAUCCGGGCCACCCUGGCCACCCUGGCCCACCGGGACCGCCAAUGCCGCCAACGCCGCCCGGCCAGCCAGCGCCCGCCGGGGCAGGCCCCGGGGGACCGGGGCCCCCGUUUGGCGUCAACAUGCCAGACCGCAUGCCCGGUGGAGUGGUGCAAUUAAUGCAGGCCGUUGAGGCAGCGCAGGCAGCCUGGCGCAUGGACGCCCCCAGGCCGCCACCAGCCAUGGUCCCACCUGCCUUGGCCACUCCAACCAUGAGAGGGAUCCCUUUGGUGCCCACGGGUUUUCCCCACCCGGUGCCGCCCCAUGUGCCGCUGCCGCCGCCAAUGGCGCCCGUGGCCUUCGGGCCACCCGCUCCGGCGGCGAUGCCGCCGCCGCACUUUCCGCCGCCGAUGCCGGCACCGAUGCACGUAGUCCUGCAAGGAUUUCCUCCGCAAGGAUUAGCGCAAGUGAUCCCCCAAAUGCUGGCGCCCGAGGUGCCGCCGCCUCCCCGUGGCGUUCCUGGCGGCACGCGACCACCAGAAACCUUGCCUUGGCGUGAUUUACGACGCCUCCAUUCCCAUCUCACUGUGGCCCUGGGCCGCUCGAGCGGUUACCGACCUGGCAAUUUGCCUCCGGAUGGUUUGGCGCCACAGGCAGAGAUGAGGGCAUUUCUCACUUCACUCCAUGCAGCCACAUCACAGCUGGGUGUGGCUGUAAGUGAUUUGAUUCAAAACUCUGAGAGUCUGAUGGGUGAUGGCCCGCCAAGCCGACAGCAGACGCAGUUCAACUUGGUCUUGGGUUCUGCCAGUCGGCUGUUUCGUUCCUUAUCCAAUGUGAUGUCGACAUCCCAUGAGACUGGCACCGGUACCGCGGGCACCGGUACCGCCAAUGCUGCGCGGCCGGGCGAGGCGCCACCUGCGCCAGUCAGCCAUGACAGCGGUGUGGGACAGGCAUUGGCACCGGUGGCCCUACGCUGUGGCUUGCAACCCUUGGAGCUGCUACAGAGUUCUUGGCAGGAGGCCUUACCAAGCGUGGCGUGCCCGGAGCACUUGACGCGAGCCUAUGUCUUCGCUUUCCUGCAGGAGGUCGAACGGAACGCUUCCAACGAAUUGGUGGGCACGCCCGACGCAGCGGAGCGCUAUCCCCACCUGAACUCUCUGGUGAUGCUUCGCUGA